GUCGCGCUGGCUUUGGGUCAGUCAGCCUGUCAGUGUUUGUGUUGUUUGAGCUUUAAUGAGGAUGUCAGUGUGAAAAUAGUCGGUUCGGGUUUAUUCGGGACAACUGAGAGUCAGGAGGAAACAUCUGCAAGCCCCAAAACAGGAUGUUUCCCAGAAUGCUGUUGGCCUUCCUGUGGGGCGUCAGCGCUGUGGCCGCUGAAAACGACACAACCCAGCAGACUCUGCCGCUGCUGCUGGUGUCAUUUGACGGCUUCCGGGCCGACUACCUGGACAGGUUCCCCAUGCCGAACCUGAAGCUCCUGUACAGCCAAGGGGUCCUGGUGGACCAACUCACCAACGUCUUCAUCACCAAAACAUUUCCCAACCACUACAGCCUGGUGACCGGGCUGUAUGCUGAGUCUCAUGGGAUCCUGGCCAGUAGCAUGUAUGACCCCAUCAGCCACAAGCACUUCACCCUCCAGAAUGACAGCGACCCCAUGUGGUGGAGCGCCGCUCAGCCCCUCUGGCUCACAGCGAAGGACUCCGGCUACAAGACGGCGUCCGCCAUGUGGCCCGGCUCCGACGUGACCAACCGCACGCCUACGCACUUCUUCUCGUACAACCCAGCAGUGACGUUUCAGCAGCGCCUGGGGAAUGUGACAAAAUGGAUAUUAGGAGACGGGAAGGAGCCAGGAGCGAUGUUCGCCACUCUUUACUGGGAGGAGCCGGACCGGUCCGGUCAUGCGUUCGGUCCUGAAAACACCACAGCAAUGACUAAAGCACUAAAGGAGGUUGAUGACAACGUCGGCCUGCUGAUGUCUGAGCUGAAGAAGAGCGGCCUCUGGGGUCGCAUCAACCUCAUAGUGACCAGCGACCACGGUAUGGCGCAGUGCUCAGCCGAUCGCCUCAUACGGUUGGACGACUGCCUCCACCCCGACAACUACACUCUGGUGGACGUGACGCCGGUCGCUGCUCUCAUCCCCAAAAAUGACUCAGAGAGCGUCUUCGGCUUGCUGAAUAAGUGCCAUCCUCACAUGACGGCGUACAUGAAGAAAUCCAUCCCGGAUAGGCUUCACUACCAGAACAAUGUACGCAUCCAGCCAAUCUUACUAAUCGCUGACGAAGGCUGGACCAUAGUGAAGCGGGGAAAAAACCUACCGAGAUUGGGUGAUCAUGGCUAUGACAACUCUCUGCCAAGCAUGCACCCUUUCCUGGCGGCGACGGGUCCCGGCUUCCAUCAAGGUCUCCGGGUGAAGAGUUUGCAGAGCGUGGAUGUGUACCCACUCAUGUGCCGGCUGCUGUCGGUGCCGGCGCAGCCCAACAACGGCUCUUUGACCAGGGCUCGGUGUCUGCUGGCUGGCGAGACCUGCUGGGACAUGGCUUUGGUGAUCGGUCUGGUGGUGGGCGUCUUGGUGCUGCUCACUGUCAUCACUGUUCUUUUCAGAUGCAUGGGCACUCGUCACAGCUCAGACCCCAGGCCCUUCCAGAGGUUGGACUUUCUUUGUGACGAUGAUGAACCUUUGAUUCCAUAAACCGCUAAGUGAUCUGCUUGUGCUUCUCUUAGUGCACCUUGUUUUGUUUUCUCUUCACAUGUUGUGUCACUUCAUCACAUAGAAGGAGAAGUCCUUCAGGUUUCCUUCAUUUGGUAUGAAGUGGUGUAAAAACUGCUGUUACAGUGGAUACUGUUUAUUUGAUUUUGAUAAUGUGACAACAUUAUCAAAAUCAUUUAUUUAUCAGUUUACUCAUGGAGGUACAAAAAAAAAGGUUUUCAGGUUACUUUUAAUGUGAGCGCCAUUGAUUUGGGAAUGUGAGUUCUAUUUUUUGCCAGCAGAGGGAGCCAGUGGCUAAUGCUUAACCCUAUUUAUUUAUCAUCCUAAAAGCUUCUUUGUUAAAUUUUUUUUUCAUUUGUUUUUUAUUUUAUUUUGAAAGCAGUUUCACUAAAAGUUAAGAUAUGUACAACUACUAAUGGUCUUCCUUGCUGAAGUCAGAUUUGCAUAAGGUUGGGCUUCUUUGCAAGUUAGUCAUAAAAGUAAUACCAAAGAAGAUUUUGGAUUGUUUUGCAGGGAUCAAAAACUGUGAAUCGUUGCUGCUGAAAGCUCAAAUACAUGUGUUGAUAUUUUUAUUUUCAUAUUAAACAUAUCUACUGGAAACCCUACAAAGAAAGUAGGCAAUCACUAUGCUCAGUUUCAAUAAUAUAAUUUCAAAAUUGCAAAAUAUAUGGAUGAAUAAGUCUUUGAAAGUGUAAGAAAUAGAAGAUGAGUGUUCUCUUUGUGCAUUCCUGAUUUUGGAUUAUGUUCCAGAAACCAAUAUAUUGAAUUUCUCACACCUUUUUUUCAUGCUGUACAACUUGCAUUGAUCCUUAAUCAUAUGUGUAGUUGUAUAAAUAAUAUAAUAUAUAAUAUUUUUGUGGAUUUCACCAAUGUAUGAAAUAACAGAAGAAAUGCAUAAAUGAGUUCAUGUUUUGAUCAUUAUUAGAAUAUUUUGUUACAUUUAGUUUUAAAUCCUUCUCCUUAAUUAUUAACAACCCUGGAAAAGAUUAAUACAAAACCUUAAAAUACUUUAUUCAAUAUUUUAAACCUUAUCAUUCCGACUAAAUAUGGGCAGGUGUAUUUAUUUUCUCCAAUAGUUGAUUGACAUGUUUUCUUGUCUUUACUAUGUUGAAGAGAGGAAAAGAGAAAUGGGCCAGUACAAAACUUCAAUAUUAUUCCCUAGAGAUACAGAAAGUAAUUGAGGAUUAUUUUUUUUAAAAAUUAUAAAAUGCUUCAGUUAAAUUUCUUUGUAUUUAUUUUACACCAGCGUUUUGUUCAAAUUUAUUCUAGUUCUUACUGAAAGUUUCUUUUUUCAAGAAUGCAAUGUGAGAUGAGGCAACAGAUAAAAAUGUUUAUUUAUUUUCUGACUUUUUGUACAUAUUUACCAGGGCUGUCAAUAAUUAAUUUUUACCAUAGAAAAUCCAAAUAUUCAUAUUUGAUUUAAUAUAUUUCAAAAGUGACUUUAUGACAAUCUUAUAUUUAAAUGUCAUUACAGAGCUUCACCUUUGCACAAUUCUUGUUACUGCUUUUAGAAAGGAAAAUCUUUUGGUAUUAUACCGGCCUGUAAAGAGAUUUUUUUUUUUAAUAAAUGUGAUUUAUUACUGGAA